AUGACCGACUCCGUAACCCUCUACACAUACUUCCGCUCCUCUUGUUCAGCACGUCUCCGUAUCGCAUUAUAUCUGAAAGGAAUUCCAUUCACCUCAGUAUUCGUCAACCUUCUCAAAGAUGAACAAUCUUCAUCCGCCCACCGCGAAAUAAACCCUUCCGGCACGGUCCCAGCCCUUGUGAUCCAGCGCGCCUCCGCGACACCAGUGACAAUCACCCAGUCAUUGGCAGCUCUCGAAUACCUUGACGAGGCAUUCCCAAACCACGGACCUGCUCUUCUCCCGUCAGACCUGGAAACUCGAGCCCUCAUCCGGACUCUCUGUGAAAUUAUUGGGUGUGACAUCCAGCCCGUGACAAACCUGAGAAUUUUCAAGCGGGUUGCUCUGCUCGGGGCGGACCGGGCUGCUUGGUCGAAGGAGCUGAUCGAGGAUGGUCUACGUGCGUAUGAGAGUAUUGUUACCCGCUCGGCUGGGAAGUUUAGCGUCGGGGAUCGGAUUACCAUGGCGGAUAUUUGCCUAAUUCCUGCCGUGUGGGGCGCUGAGAGGGUGGGUGUUGACUUAGCGAUGUUUCCGGUGACUUAUCGAAUUGCGCAGAACCUGGAGAGGGAGGAGGCGGUCCAGAAGGGUCACUGGCAGACGCAGCCUGAUACACCUGAGGAGCUUCGGGCGAAGGUGUAG